AUGUCCGGUUGUGCAGGGUGGAGUCACCACCCUGUAUCAGUGCACCGCUACCAUUUCAUCAUUCCGCUUGUGGCUGACGUGGACGAGAACAACAGCCAGGGCAUCGGCAAAGGCCGCAAGCUCUGCCCCAACUGCAGCGCCGUCAUCGCCUCCAACGCCAAGCGGUGCACUGCAUGUGGGCAUGAUGCAGUGCGAGGGACCUUACUGGAGUCUCAGACGCACCUGCUGCAUGGAGUGAUCCACACCAACGGAUUCGGCCAUCUCCUACGAAUCAACGGCCGAGAACGCGGCUCACGCCUCGUCACUGGGCGGCAGUUGAUGGGCCUGUGGGACCGCAUUUGCACCAUGCUCAACGCUAGGGAGGUGACAUGCAUGGACAUGUCUAAAAAGAUGGGUCUGAACCUGCGUCUGCUGCAUGGGCUGGCGUACGGCCACUCGUGGUACGGCCGGUGGGGUUACCGCUUCGGCAAGGGGUGUUACGGCGUGACUGAAGUCGUGUACAAGCACGCACUCGCAGCAGCGGCCGCGACCCCGCUUGCAGCGAUUGGAGAACACUACAAGGGGUUGGACCCUGACCUGGUAGCCAUUAUCGAGCAUUAUCAAUCAUGGGCCAGCAACAACACCUGCCCCUUCCCCGCUCCUGCACUGCGUACACCCGACACACCACAAGUGACAUGUGCCAAAAGUGGCAAGGUUACGGCAGGCAGAGAUGUCACCUCCCCCAGAAGCAGACAAGGAAGAGACGCCGUUAGGUCGUCUGGUAUUAGCAUCAUUCCGUCUAAACGCCUUAGAGCAGAGGGAGGUGAAGAGAAAGAUUCAUAUGGGGGAGUAAUAAGGGGAGGAAAAUGGCUUGUGAGUCGAGGAGAAGCUGGGGGAAUGAGAGGAGUGGAAGCACGGGGAGGAGCAGGGGGGGCAGCAGUGGGAGGGGCAGUGGGAGAAGAUGUGAAGGGUGUAGAAGAGGAGGAAGAGGAGGAGGUGAAAGAGGUGGGGAAAGAGGAGCACGUGUUGCGUGCAAUGGGGAUGGCAUUAAAGGGCUUCAACCAGGAGGGAGAAGCACAGGAUGCGGAAGAAGCUUCGGAAGUGAGGGAAGCAGGGGAAGCGGGGAAGGCAGGGGAAGCGGGGAAGGCAGGGGAAGCGGGGAAGGCAGGGGAAGCGGGGGAAGCAGAGAAGUGCUCAAGGGAGCAGUGGGAGAGAAGAUGCACGGAUGGUUUAAUGAUGAGGAGAAGGUACGACCUGAGGGCAACGGCGGGAGUUCUAGAAGAGGAGGAUACGGAGGGGGGUGAGAAGGAGAAAGAGGGGGAGGAGAGGCUGGAGAAUGAGGAGAAAGGGGGGAAGGGGGAGAAGGAGGAGAAGAAGGAGAAGGAGGGGGAGGGAGGAAAAGAGAAAGAGGAGGAGGAGGAAUGGGGUUGGGAGGAGGAUGUGAUGGUGGAUAAAGGGGAAGUGGAUGAGGGCAGUGGGCGGAAAGGGAGGCGAUGGGCGCUGCGGGGGGAUACAGAUGGAGGGAAGAGCGGUGCAGAUGGAGGGAAGGGCGGUGUAGAUGGAGGGAAGGGCGGUGUAGAUGGAGCGAAGAGCGGUGUAGAUGGAGGGAAGGGGGGUGCAGAUGGUGGAAAGGGAGCAGAGGAGAGUCUGCUGCUGCCUGUUGCUUCGAAGAAGAGACGAGGGCACGAGGAGCAGCAGCAGCAGCAGCAGCCGAAACAUUUGAAGAAGAGCAAGUCUAUGCAGGCAACACUGCAACAGGCAGGAGAGGACGGCGGGGAAGGUAAGAGUACCCACGGGCGGGAGAGAGAGGAGAGAAAGCCGUGGGUUGGAUGCAGAGAUCGGAGAGUGGAGGAUGCUGGUCAGGAUGGUGGGAUUGCUACUCUACCUGUGGCUGCUGCUGCCGCUGCUGCUGCUGCCGCUGCUGCCGUGGCUGGUGCUGCUGCUCCAGAUGACAAGCCGCACACACAAGCUCGGUGCAGGGGGCGAGAAGAUGCAGAUAAAGAUGCAAAAUUCCAGCAGGCGGAUCGUUGCCCCAUACGUCCCACUCCGUUGGCUGCUGGAGGGAGUAAAGAGGCAGCAGCCUCAUCAGCCUGCCCCACUGGCCCUCCUGCACCUCCCCCCAUUCCCCCAGAGCUCGCUGCCUUCCAACCCAGCCUCUGCUAUGGGGGAGCCCAAGCCCAUCCAAUCCCACGUUCUGUUGAGGCCUCUGUCUCACCUCCGUUUGAGGCGUCUCAGCAGCAUGUCGCGCCAGUGUCAACAUAUGUUGACAUGUUUCCGAAGCUUCCUGCUCCUCUCCCGACCCCCUGGGGCCCUCAGCUCACUGGGUUCGGGGCUGAGGGCGGGACAGGGGCAGGGGCAGGACCACACAGGGAAGUAGGUAGUGGGGAAGAAGGGGAGGCAGGGGAGAAACGGAAAGGUGGGGAAGGGAAGCAUUACAGCAAGGGCACGUGCCCCAGGGCGCUGGCACUUAGCAAAAUGCAGGCCUUCAAGUCUCCUUCUACUCUCGGUCACGUAAGAGCAGCAGUUGCUGCUCCUAUGACUGGGGAAGAAAAUGCAAGCCAGCCACAGCAGCAGCAGCAGCAGAAGCAGCAGCAGCAGGGUGCGGCAGUGGUGACGCUGGCAGCAACGAGCAGCCCAGUGGAGCCGCAUCUGCGCUACCUCUACCGCAACCUCCUUGAAGGAGCUGCCAGACGCGUCCAUCCCACCCAUACUGCCACUGCCAGGCCCUAUCCUCCUACCCGUGCUGGCAUGCCCUUUCCCCCCACCCAUUCUACCAGGCCAUUUUACCCUGCCAAGCAUCUGCAAGUGGGCCCCCACCACGCUGGGGGCUUCUAUUCCCCCAGUGCUUGCCACUGCGACCCCACCACACGUGAUGGCAGCGGUGGUCGCGGUGGCAGCGGUGGCAGCAGUGGCAGCAGUGGCAGCGUUGCUGCUGAAGGACUGCUGGCGUUGGUGCGGGUGGUUCUGGACACAAAGCACCUGGUGAAGGGGUACUGGGGGGGAGAGGGGCGCGGAGUGGGAGUAAGAGAAGCGGAUGGGUUGAUGUGUGUGGCGUUUCGAGUGGUGGUGGAGGAGAGCGAGGAGGAGAGGGAGGGGAGUGGGGAGAGGAAGGAAAGAGCUGGGAAGGAGAGAGAGGCUGCUGCAUUGAAAGUUGAAGGAAGUGCAGGUGGAAAAUCGAUCACUGGAGUUCUGGCAGAGCCUGGAACAGGCGAGAAGGGCGGUGCUGUGCAAGCAGCAGCAGUGACAACAACAGUGCCCGCAGCAGCAGCAGCAGCAACAGCAACAGCAACAACUAAAGCAACAGUAGCAGGAAUCGCAGCAGGAGCAAAAGAAGCAACAGCAGGAAUAGCAGCAGGAGCACGAGCAGCAGUGGCAGCAAGAGGGGCGGAGCCUGUGUCAAGGCAGAGGCGGCUGGGGCCGAUACCGGUUGAAUACGUGGCGGUGCCCACUGAUGCUACAGUGGCACAACUCAGCGAAGCGAUAGAGAGGACCUUGAGGGAUACCUACUGUGCUAUGUCCAGAUUCAGUGUAUCUCAGCUUCCCCUCCUGGCUCAUGUACAGCCCUCGGCCUUGGUUCGGCCGAACCUCAGCCCUCGCUGUGUUCUGCUGGUCCGGGGCUCAGGCAUGGAUGCAGGCUCGGACCUGUGCUGGGAGGGAGGCUCGGAGGGGUGGGUGGUGGAGUGCAGCUGUGGCACGAGGGAUGACGACGGCGAACAGAUGGUGGCGUGUGAUAGGUCAGUGGGACAGGUGGCAGCAUGUGAUAGGUCAGUGGGAAAGGUGGCAGCGUGUGAUAGGUCAGUGGGACAGAUGUUGGCAUGUGAUAGGUCAGUGGGACAGGUGGCGGCAUGUGAUAGGUCAGUGGGACAGGUGGCUGUCUUUGAUAGGGGAGUGGGACAGGUGGUGGCAGGUGAUGUGUGA